AUGGCAUCAACAUCUCAUGCGCCUUUUUAUUCAAAUCUAUCCUUAUGUGUUUAUAUUGGCAAUACCACAUCGAUUAAUGAGAGCAUUUUGUUAAGUUAUUGUUCACAAUUUGGAUCGAUUGUUACGUAUUGGUUUCCCAAAGACAAGUUUUGCGAUUUUCAUCUGAUUGAAUUCGCGAAUUAUGAACAACUGACGAAUUUCCUACGAAUAUCCAAUCAUAAACUCGACAGAUAUACUCUCGAGGUGAAAUUAUAUAGAAAUGUUCUAAUGAAUCACGAUGGACUGAAUCUCGAUCGGAAAUUUUACAUCGGACCAAUAAGAACUCAAAAUGAUAUCCAUCGAGUCAUCGAAUUUUACCAAAAAAUCGAUCCGAUAGUACAAUAUUUCCUGUCAAAACAGAAUGAAGAAGAUUAUUUGCUAUUAGAAUUUGCUACACGACAAUCAAUUUCGCGAAUAUUUGACAGAAAUCUUAUUCCGCACCUGAAUGAACAUCGAAAACCAUGUCUAUCUAAACCAUUUCAUCCAAAACAGCUUGUUAAUAAAAUCAUUUCAAUGAAUGAUAAAACAAAUCAGAUACACGUUCGUGGAUUAACAUCAAAGAUUACCGAUGAAAUAUUAAUAAAUUUCUUUCAUAAACGAACACCGCUUAUUGCUUGUUAUAUACUUCCAAAAGAUCCAACUUGUGCCGUAGUUGAAUUUCCCGACGAAAAAACUGUUCGACAAGUUCUUGAUAUACCUGCUAUACGUAUACAAGGUGUCAUUCUUGAUUUGUGCGAAGCACCUUGUCAUCUCGCUUCACUGGUAUCUUCUAACGAUCAUAAUCAUGAGAAUUCAUCAAAUACCAAUUCAACACAAAUCACGAUUUCACACUCAGCACCUCAUUUAGCUUUAAACACAACAGAUAUUCAACACGUGUCCUCUCCGGUUCGCAGUGAAUCAGGUUGGUCAUCGCCACCACGAGGUGUUAUUAAUCAUUGUCUUCCUGUCGUUUCAUCACCUGUUCGAUCACCAACACCGAGUACAACGAUCAAAACUGAUAAACAAUCCCCAGUGGAUGUGAAGCCCGUUGAAAAACUUCCAACAAAUAGUCUCUCACGAUUUGUUGAACAAUUUCAAACCGAACUUGAACAAAUUCAACACGAUUAUCAAUCAAAAUUCGAGAAAGAUCGAGCGCAUAUCGAACGAGAAUUCAAUCUUUUAGUCGACGAAGAACGUCGAACAUUCGAAAAUUUGAAACAAUAUGUAAACGAUCAUCGGAAACGUGCAGAAAAACGAAAACACACUUCAUCGUCUUGA